AUAUGUAUAUGAUUCACCCAUCCAUGUUCAUAUCCAGGAGAUGAGGCCCUUCUCUUUCUCUUCUCUCAGUUAACUUGUGAUUGUGUGUGUAUGAGAGAGAGAGAGAGAAUAAUGAAAGACAUUGAGGGAGGUGACCAUGAAAGGCAAGGAACCUUGUGGUCUGCAACAGCCCACAUCAUCGCAGCCGUGAUAGGAUCUGGUGUUCUAGCGCUUGCAUGGAGUGUCGCUCAAUUGGGUUGGAUCGUCGGGCCUCUCGUUCUCUUCGGCUUCUCCUGUAUCACCUACUACACCUCCACUCUCCUGGCCAACUGCUAUCGGUUUCCCGAUCCGAUCGAUGGAACAAUUAAUCGCUCAUAUAUCGAUGCAGUUAGAUCAUAUCUAGGACCUAGAAAAGUAUUCUACUGUGGAUGUGCGCAGUAUGUGAAUCUAUGGGGAACUAUGGUGGGCUACACCAUCACAGCUAGUACUAGCAUGAUUGCGGUGAAGCGAGCAAACUGCUUCCAUAUGAAUGGGCAUGGUGCAAGAUGUGAUGCUUCUGGGAGCAUGUUCAUGGUGGUGUUUGGGUUGUUCCAACUUAUUCUAUCGCAGUUGCCGAGCUUGGAAAACAUAACAUGGCUCUCUGUGGUGGCAGUGGCGACAUCAUUCGCUUACUCCUUUAUCAGCCUCGGCCUUUGUAUUGGUAAAUGGGUUUCCCAUGGUGAUUUCAGAGGAACACUAGCUGGUGCUACUGAUGGAUCAUCAGGCGACAAGGCAUUCAAUGUGCUACUAGCCCUGGGAAACAUAGCUUUUGCCUACACUUUUGCUGAUGUCUUGAUUGAGAUUCAGGAUACACUGAAGUCACCACCUCCCGAAAACAAGACAAUGAAGAAGGCGGCAUUCUAUGGAAUUGGCUUAACCACCGCUUUCUACCUAUCACUUGGAUGCGUAGGAUAUGCUGCAUUUGGAAAUGAAGCUCCUGGUAACAUCCUCACUGGGUUUGGAUUCUAUGAGCCCUUCUGGCUUGUUGAUAUAGCCAACAUAUGUGUCAUUGUUCAUCUCAUUGGAGCAUACCAGGUCUUUGCACAGCCAAUCUUCUUCAGGUUCGAGAAUUAUGCUGCAUCCAAGUGGCCAGAAGCCAAGUUCAUUCACACAACCUACUAUGUUAGAGUGCCAUUUACAGAGGUUGGUUCGCUGAGCUUCACGCUGUCGAAGCUCAUCCUACGAACUAUCUUCAUCAUGUUCACCACUUGGGUCGCCAUGCUGCUGCCAUUCUUCAAUGCAGUCCUGGGCCUUAUCGGAGCUCUAGGCUUCUGGCCGCUAUCGGUUUACUUUCCGGUAGGCAUGCACAUAGCUAGGAAACAGAUCUGCAGAGGAGCAUCCAAAUGGUUCCUGUUGCAAGGCCUGAGUCUGCUUUGUCUGCUCAUCUCCAUUGCUGCGGCCAUUGGCUCCAUGGCGGAUAUCGUACAUAACCUUAAGGUUGCUGCUCCUUUCAAGACUGUUUACUAGGUGUGUGCAGAUGAAUCCACACAUCACAUGUUGCAGCUGAAAUUAACUAUGAUGUAAGGGUACUAUUAUGAGAAAUCAAAUAUAAAUGAGAAAAUAUCGAAUUCUGCUGCAUUAGUACUACUACUACUCUAGGCCUUGAAGGAGCACAAAAACUUGUGGUGCUUGUGGGCUUAGAAUGUGCCUGAGAAAUUGUAAUGUAAUUAUAGAUAUAUCAAUUAAAGAUCUAUGCUUUUCAUA